CGAAAUCUCAUCUGAAAAGAAAAAGGGAUCGAGAAGGAGAGGGGAUACACCUGCACACCCGAACCACCGGUGAUCGCCAUGGACUACGCCGCCCAGGCGCCGCCGGCCGCCGAUCCCAACUACCCACACGCCUACGGCCACAACCCUUACACCUACGCCGCGGCGGCGUACCACUAUCCCGACCCCGCCGCCGCGGUCGACCCCUCCGCCUCCUACAGCUACCCCAACCCUAGCGCCGCCCCGGUCGCCACGUACGACCCCUACGCCCAGUACAACUACUACGGCGCCCCGGCGUACUACUACGGCGCCGGCGCCGGGGCCCCUCAGCCUCCGCCCGUUUCGUCGGUGGCGGCGGAGGCGGUUCCGUCUUCCUCGGCGGCGGCGGCGGCGGCGGCGGCUGGAAGAGAGGCCGUGAAGCAUUUCGGCUUCGAUCCCCAGCGCUACGCGCAGGUAGCAGCUGCGAAAGCUCCUAACAAAAUGGCACCAGCAGCUGCAGCAGCCACAAGCAUGCACCAUGCCCAGUGGAAUGCCCAUUUUGGGCAUCCUCUGCCCAAGAACGUUCCGAGGAAGUUCAUGAAGAAACCACCAAAGGUUGUCCAACCAGCAAGCUGUGAAGUGUGUAAGAUCCAGUGCGAUACUCUAGAAGUUCUCAUGAUCCAUAAAACGGGUAAGAAGCACAAGAAGAAUCUGGAGAAGUUACAAGACUCCAUCACGCCUAAACCAGCAAAGCCUCUGAACAAUGCUGUUGAAACAAAUACAGCACCUGCUGCUGCCUCUGAUAGUGUGAUGCCAGUGGUACAGGCAAAGAAGAACAAGAGCUCCCCAGCAAGUGCAGAAGACCUGGAGGUGAAGAAGAGGCGAGUGCUUGAGGCUGGAGCAGCUCAAGGUGAAGUGAAAAUCUGCACAGCGUGCAAUGUCGUCGUCAACAGCCAGAAGGUAUACGAGUUCCACAUACUUGGGCAUAAGCACAAGGCCAAUGUACAGAAGCAGCAGCAGGCGGCGCAACAACAUCAUUUAUAGCCUGAGUUGAGGAGCGGCUCAAGGUAACCUGCAUCCUCCAAAGACUUGUUCCAGUGCUUCCAAAGGGUCAACAGGAACCAGGAUUCACACACAUUCAUGCUUUCUACUGUGUUGGUAGUUUGUUCGCGGUUCCAGUUAGCUCUCCUUGUAGUGCAGCAGAAAUUCUAGAAAAUUAUGUGUAUUUCUUGCCUGCUGCAAUAAGCAGUGAAUGUUGGAGGCAAAGACUGCGAUGUAUUUGUUUCUUUGUACUACUUGACAAGUUUGAGAUUUUCUUGCUAUAUUAGUUUCCCCUCUGUUUAAUGUAACAAAUUGGAUCUGAAACUACGUGCUGCGACAUUGCAUGAUAGUUAAACAAAAAGCUGGUGUUCUCUAUA